UCCCCCCAGCAGAGCCUGGUGGGAGAGGCCGUUUUGAAGGGCUCCCGGUGCAGGAAGGCAGUGGGGAGGAAAAGGCCCGGAGAUGCCCCCGGAGGAGGGGCUGCAAAGCCAGCCCAGGGAGCUCUGAGGAGGAAAGACCCGUCCUGUGCCGGGAAGGCGGCCAGAGCUUGAGCCGGAGCUCCGAGCUGGUGGUCCCUGAGCAGCCUCCCAGCAGGGAGAAGCCCUUCAGGUGCUUGGAAUGUGGGAAGAGCUUCAGGCAGAGCUCCCACCUCCUCAGCCACCAGCACAUCCACACUGGGGAACGGCCCUACACGUGUGGGGAAUGCGGGAAGAGCUUCAACCAGAGCUCCAACCUUAUCCGACACCAGCACAUCCACACUGGGGAACGGCCCUACCCAUGUAGGGAAUGUGGGAAGAGCUUCAGAGACAGCUCCAACCUGAUCCAACACCAGCGCAUCCACACUGGGGAACAGCCCUACACGUGUGGGGAAUGUGGGAAGAGCUUCAGAGACAGCUCCAACCUCCGCACCCACCGUCGCAUCCACACUGGGGAACGGCCCUACAAGUGCUUGGAAUGUGGGAAGAGCUUUGGUGAUGGCUCCAGCCUCCACACCCACCGGCGCAUCCACACUGGGGAGAUGCCCUACACGUGUGGGGAAUGUGGGAAGAGCUUCACUGAUAGAUCUACCCUGAUCAAACACCGUCGCAUCCACACUGGGGAACGUCCCUACAAGUGCUUGGAAUGUGGGAAGAGGUUUCAGACCAGCUCACAUCUCCUCAUGCAUGAGCAGGCCCACACAGGGGAGAGGCCCUUCCGCUGCACCGACUGCGGGAAGAGCUUCAACCGGAACUCCACCCUCAUCACCCACCGGCGCAUCCACACUGGGGAGAGGCCCUACAAGUGUGGGGAGUGUGGGAAGAGCUUCACCCACAGCUCUGCCUUGACCAAACACCAACGGACCCACCAGUAACGAGUGCCCCGACUGUGGGAAGAGCUUCGGCUGCUGCUCCCACCCCAAAUGAACCCCCUGAUGGUGAGGCAACCCCUGGAGUCCAGGGACUGUCAGUCCAUCCCUUUCCAGUCCCCUUUCCCAGGGGCAGGUUGUGCCAACAGAACCCUUCUUGGGGGGUGUGUGGAGAUUCCUGCCUUGGCUGGGGACCCCCAAGGUCACUGCUGGAGGUUGAGAGCAGAGAUCUCCCCAUGAGCAUUGGUCUGGGGGAGUUCCAUCCAUCUCUAAUUCAUAAUUCUUGCUUUGGUGCCAGCUUGAGUAGAAUUGCUUCAACAAUUGCUUUAGUGUAGAGCACUGUCCUAUCUUAUGCUGUCCUACUGGUAGUUUUAGUGUUUCUAUUGUGCAGUAAAUAAUUCUGAUGAAGA